ACGCUUAAUUUGAGAGGGUAACAAGUUUCUUAGCCCAAUGGCAUCUCGAGCCUGCGCCACAAAGGACAUAAAUAGGCGUCAAAUCGAAACUUCUCUCCUGGUUGCGCGUCUCAUCUUCUCAGGCCAGAAUACCGGAAAAGCUCCAUCUUAUGCGGAUGGGAACUUUUGGUUUUCCGGCGAUGGACUCCGAUCGGUACGCCGUCGUAUUGUUGAUAUUAAGCCUCGCCACCAGAUCUCUUUCUCAAUCCGUCAUCCAAAUCAGGCCGGAAAAUCAAAACUUGGUCGCCUCCGAUUCGAUAUCCGGAGGCCCGAGGAUUCGGAGAGACGAUAGUUUGUAUUGCGAAAGCUGGAGAUUCUCCGUCGAGACUAAUGAUGCCGGGCUAUGGAGUCAGAUUCCGGCGAGGUGUCUCGGAUACGUGCAGGAGUAUAUGACCGGCGAACGGUACCUGUCUGAUUCUGAGAUCGUCGCCGACAACUCGUUGGUGUUCGCAAAUACAGUGGAGAUCGCCGGUAACGGCAAGGACGCUUGGGUAUUCGACAUUGAUGAGACGUUGCUGUCCAAUGUGCCGUACUACGUGGUCCACGGGUUUGGGUCGGAGACAUUUGAUGAAGACUCUUUCAAUGAUUGGGUGUAUUUGGCUGAGGCCCCUGCCUUACCAGCAAGUUUGAGGUUGUACAGGGAGCUCGAACAGCUGGGAGUUAAGAUAUUUCUGUUAACCGGAAGGGAUGAGCAUCAAAGAAAUGCCACACAGAAAAAUCUUGUUUAUGCUGGUUACAGCAAUUGGGAGAAACUUAUUUUGAGGGGGCCUUCAGAUACAGGCAAACCAGCCAGCAUCUACAAAUCUGAGAAGAGAAAGGAGUUAGAAGAUGAAGGUUUUAUGAUUCACGGGAGCUCAGGGGAUCAAUGGAGUGACUUGUUGGGCUUUGCAGUAGCCACACGGUCUUUUAAACUCCCGAAUCCAAUGUAUUACAUUGCCUAAUAAUUUUAUGUAUUUUGUAAUUUAAAGGAGGAAUUCAAAAUUUGGCAAUUGUAUCUCCUGAUAAUGUUGUAAAUUAUUGCUUACAUUUAAUAUGAGCAGCCUCUCUGUAUCUAACCAUUUUUCUUUUGAACAAUUUUCUUGGCUUAUUCAUGUUAUGUUUACUUUUA